AUGUCUGAAUCGUCCAAGGAAGAUGGUGAUGUCACUAUUGACAAAAUGCCAAUUCUGACAGAUACAAAUGAUGAAUUCAUGACAGAUUCAAAUGAUCUUAAUGGAAGUUCACAAUUUAUUCAAGGCUUUCUGACUGAUUUAAAAUGUAUGAAUUAUUUGCCAUUGUUUAUUCAAUACGGAUUAUUAGAAGAAAAUGAUAUUAAAUUUAUCGAUAAAGAUAUUCUAUUAGCAAUGGGGAUUACAAAGAUUGGUGAUCGGAUUAGAAUCUUACGUAAAGCUAAAACUUUAGAUAAGAAAACUCCACAAUCUUGUGAACAACAGAGUACAGAACAAUUGAAUGAGAUUAUUAAUAAAUUAGGAUCUUUAUCAAUGUCUAUCUCUACAGGUUUACAUACAACUGAUUUUGCUAGUGAGAAAAGUCAUGUAAUUUUCAUCUUAAAUGAUGGAUCCGCUAAAAAAGUUAAUAUUGAUGGUUGUUUUAAUGCAGAUUCUAUUAAGAAACGGUUAUUGAAAAGAUUGCCAAAUGAACUAUUAGCUGAUAGUCCCCAGGGUGAGAAGUCCCACGAAGUUGGUGAUUACGAUGUAUUUGUUGUAGAUUAUACAAAGAAUAUAUUACAUUUGUUAUAUGAUGUAGAAUUGGUUACCAUAUGUCAUUCAAAUGAUAGAAUGGAAAAGAAUAGAUUAAUAUUUGUCUCAAAAUAUCAAUCACCAAGUGAAAAAGCUAUCUCUUUGUCGAAGAAACUUUAUAUUAAGAUGUCAACUCCAGGUUGGGAAAGUAAUUCUGUGGAUGGAGUUAGAAAUCAUAGUAGUCAACCAGAUUUAAGAAGAAAUAAACUACCUGUAGAUAAUUCGCAUGAAGGUAUUAGAAAAAUAUUUAAUCAAAGACCUCCAAGUGAAUUAAUUUCAACAAACCUUUCAGGUUAUUUCCCAACUACCGACAUUAAGAAAUUACAAAAGACUUUGAGGGAUUCAUAUCGCCAAUCGAUGCUUGUUAAUUCUCAUGGGAAAAUGUCGAUUAACCCUGAAUCAAAUAAAAUAGGUGACAUUUUACUGAAACACUCAAGUGCUGUGGAUUCUGCUUUACUUCAAAGUCUACCUCACAAUCAACCUCAAAGUUCUCAUUCUAAUAUGACUUCAAAGACAAUACAAAGUGGCGGUUCGGGUUUUAUAUCUUUGUAUGCAGACACUUCUGAUUAUGAGGACGAAUUGGAAGAUGAAAAUAUUGAAACAAAUGAUAUGAUUUCUUUACCAACAAAGAUCGAAACUCCAAAGGCCUGGUUGAAAGGUGCACGUAUUGGUGCAGGUAGUUUUGGAAGUGUAUAUCUUGGUAUGAAUGCUACCACUGGUGAAUUAAUGGCAGUUAAACAAGUAAGUAUUCAACCAAUUAUUGCCAAAGAAGAAAAACAGAAAAAUAGUAAUGAUAAAAAAUCUAAAAAAAAUAUAUCCGAAAUUCAUAAGAAAAUGGUUGAUGCUUUACAACAUGAAAUGAGUCUAUUAAAAGAAUUACAUCAUGAAAAUAUUGUUACUUAUUAUGGUUCGUCCCAAGAAGGUGGAAAUAUAAAUAUUUUCUUAGAAUAUGUUCCAGGUGGUUCUGUAUCUUCAAUGUUAAAUAAUUACGGUCCUUUUGAAGAAUCUUUAAUUAUUAAUUUUACUAGACAAAUAUUAAUUGGUGUUGCAUAUUUACACCGUAAAAAUAUUAUUCAUAGAGAUAUUAAAGGUGCAAAUAUUUUGAUUGAUAUUAAAGGGUGUGUUAAGAUCACUGAUUUCGGUAUAUCUAAAAAACUUUCCCCUUUCAAUAACAAACAACGUACAGAUAAGAGAGCCUCCUUACAAGGCUCAGUGUUUUGGAUGGCUCCAGAAGUCGUUAAACAAACUGCAACUACUUCUAAAGUUGAUAUUUGGUCUACUGGUUGUGUUGUAAUUGAAAUGUUUACUGGUAAACAUCCAUUCCCUGAUUUUUCACAAAUGCAAGCUAUCUUUAAGAUUGGUACAAAUACCUCUCCUGAUGUUCCAUCAUGGGCAAGUGAAGUCAGUUGUGAUUUCUUGAAGAGAACUUUUGAAUUAAACUUCAAACAAAGACCAAGUGCUGUAGAUCUAUUACAACAUCCCUGGUUAGAUGCUAAGAUUGUAUAA